AUGAGUUGCACUGCGUGUGCUCUGUCUCGCAGCAGAACGACAGCCAUCGCAGCACAAUAAGGACAGUUAAUCGAUAUAUUGGGACCAUGGCGCUACCUUCCCCAAAAGUCACGAAGCUUCCAGUUCUGCAGCAGGACGCGUGGGUCGAACGCCUGCGAGCCGCGCUGCCUCCAACGUCUAGCUGGCGAUCGUUCUACAGCUCGUUGGCUGGCGGCAUCGUCACAGACAGCGCCUUGAUGCUCCUCCCGAUCGACGACCACAUGGUCCAUAGAGGUCACGCAGUUUUUGACACGUGCAACGUGCACAACGACCGCGCCUACGGUCUCCACUUCCACCUGGAUCGGCUCUUGAAGAGUGCAGCCACCGCUCGCAUCGAGCACAGCUACACGAAGGAAGUCUUGCGAGACAUCGUUCUCGCUACUAUCGCCGCCGGCGGGCGGUCCAAGAAAGGAAUGGACGCUUUCGCAAAGUUCUGGCUCAGCGCGGGGAGAGGUGACUUCAUGGUUUCCCCGCGAGGCUGUGGAGAUGCGAUAUUUUAUGUCGUGGUGACUGACUUCCCCGGACACCCGUCGGAAGGGAUCGAGGAGUGGGUCGUGAAAGUCCCCAUGAAGACCGGGCUCAUGGCCUCUUGCAAAACGAAUAACUACCUUUUGAACGCGCUCGCGGCGAUGGAAUCUCAGGACAAGGGCGGCAUGGAGGGCAUCUGGGUCAACGAUGCUGGAAAUGUGGCGGAGACCUGCAUGGGGAAUGUUGCGAUAGUGGACCAGGAGGGCGUACUCAGAAGCCCUCACUACGACGGCUCGAUCCUGGCCGGCACGACGUUGCUGCGUGUUUUCGCUUUCGCGCCCCAGCUCAUACAGGACGGGCUGCUGACGUCGUUCAAGUUCGACGUCGUUCGUGCUAGCGAGCUCGAAGAAGCCAAAGAAAUACUGCUCUGUGGUGGCGGUGGGGUAACCCCGGUGGUGUCGAUCAACGGGAUCACGGUCGGCCGGGUAAAGAAGGAAACGAUCGGGGACGGAACCGCCGAAGAAACCAGCAAGACUGAAGCUGCAAAACCGGGACCGGUGUUCUGGGCUUUGCGGAAGCUGCUCGCCGCAGACAUGGAGGGUGCUGAGUUCACCGACGCCGUCCCGUACGAGCUAUACGAAGACUAAACAAAUCGAGACCGAGUCGUCGUUGGGGUGGUGUGGAGCGAGAGUGAAACACGUUCUUGCGUUCAAGUUCGCCACAGCAUCCCUGCUAUGGCAUGAUGUACAAAGUGCUUUGCUUUUCGUUGUUCACGCUUGUUUGAAAUCAUUUCGAUGGCACGGAGGAGCCGGCUUUCACCUUUGUGUUCGCGAUUUGCAUGUUCUGCUGGGAGCGAAAGCUUCCCGAAAGUUGUGUUUGAUGUGUUCUGCGUUUUGCUGGGAGUUAAAGGUUCCCGGAAAUUGUGUUUGAUUCGUUCCUUCAGGUUGAGACAUUCCCUAGUCCGCUGUAUUCUGCACAUUGCGUCCCCGUCUUUUCCCUGUUGGUGCGUGGAAUGUAAGUUAAACCUAAUUGUGAAUGGUGGCUAGCAAAACUUUGGGAGGCCGGGGUAGUAUACGCUGGGGCGAGGAUAAACAACCCUUGAAAAUGCACAAAGGGUAUUGCACGAGUUCACCGAGGUGGCGUGGACUGUCUGCACGGCAGUCUCUGAACUUCGAGAGUGUCCCACAGGGAAGUACCCCCAUGUUCUGCUCGGGAAUCGUAGAAAUACAGGUUGGAUUCGGUUCUAAUCUGUCCCGAACCAUUUUGCUGUGGAAGAGAUGGAUUGUUAUGUUUUAUUGUAAAAACACAAAAAGAAGUAGGAGGAACGAAGUAAGAAAGACAAAUGGAAACAUGAAAGAAGAAGGAAGAGGUGGCUUGGAGA